UCAAUAAUCGCGGGCGGGGGCACACGCGUGCUAGCCGGCACCGAACCGAGCCGUACGGAACGGAGUUUAGUCCUUUAGUAUUCGCCAACAGCUGUAUCAAGUUGUACGAGUAACGAGCGUUUUCGAACGGAACUUUCCUUGUGAAUAACUAUUACCGAACGUGUUGAAAAUGUCAUUUUAAUUAAACGUCAGAUUCGGUUUGGCGGCUGGAAUGAAUUUAAUUUUUACCAAAUAAAAAAUAAAUCAAAUCAAUACAGAAUUUCGAAUUAUCGUAAAUUUAUAAAUUUUUAAAGAUAUGUGCAGUCUUUAUAAUCUUUUAAAAUACAGUUUUAAUCAGAAAAGUGACGUCAAAUUGAAGUUAGAAAGUUUUACUCCAGGUGGUUUUACCGAAUGACGAAAGUCUAGUGUUUACGGAGUGGAAUCGAACGUGUUUUUUUGAGUUCAAAAUUGGGCAUGACCUUCUAAAUGAAGGAAUCAUAUCCUGAUGACAUUAUGCUGUGUUUCGUACAAGGAUUUGGUGAGCGUGAAAACGGGUUUAGAAAAAAUCGGAACGGUGAAGAUUGUGUUGUGUUAGAUGGAAAGAAGAAACGUAGUAAAACUUCAUUUAGAGACUCGUUUGGUGAAUCAAGUGGAAAAAAUGAAUAUGUGUUGCGGAGAAAUGACAAUAUCGCAAAAUCAUUUAGGUAUUCUGGGACUAAAGCUCAGCCUGAAGUGAGGAGGAGCUUGAGUGAUAGAUUUUCAGUCAUCACUGAUGCAGGUGGAAGGAAGGCGCCAAAAGGGCUUUUGACCAUACGCAAAACUUGGUCAACUGGGAAUUUCGCGUCGGGCGCGGCGGGUGGCGGGUGCGGGGCGCCUCGCUCCGCCCCCGCCACCCCGCUGCAGCUCGAACCCCAUUCACGAUCCAAACAUGACAAAAAUGCCGUGAAGCCAUUGUCCGGCUCCGCGCCGUCGGUGCGCGUGUCCGGGUUGGCGUCGGGCGACGAGGCGACCGAUGGCAAGCCGCCGAGCAAGUCCCGACAGAAGAAGUUCCAGAGGCAUUUCCCGCAGGUCGGGCCUGAAGAGCGAGUACUCAACUAUUACUCGUGCGCCUUAGUCGGUGAUCUACUUCUUCAGGGGCAUCUGUACAUAACGAAGAAUUACUUCGCCUUUUACUCAAACGUCUUUGGCUAUGUGACUAAGCUGUUAAUACCGACGACGUCCGUCCUUCGAAUAACGAAAGAGAAGGUGGCGCGUAUCAUACCCAACGCGGUGGGCGUGUGCACGCGCGACGAGCGCCACGUGUUCGGCUCGCUGCUGUCGCGCGACUCCACCUACAAGCUGAUGAUGCACGUGUGGAAGUCCACCCGGGUGCCCGAGCUAGCCGUGCCUGAGCCACCGGAGCUGGGAAGGAGUUCUGAAAUAGAGGCGUCGGAAUACUCUCCCGAGGACGACAGCAGCUCCGGCGGCGCGGACAACAUCGACGCGCCCGCCGCGCCCGUGCGACCCGAGCCGGAGGCCAUCAUAGCUGCUGCGGGGGCGGCAGUGAUCCAGCCCGCGCUGCUGACGGGGUCGGCACCACCUCGUCGCGCGCCGCGUUACACGCACGCGUUACUGCUGGCACUGGCCGUGCUGCUUACCUGCUCCGCCGCGUACUUCGCGUACCGGCUCUACCACUGCGGCGACACUCACCCGGGCUCAGCGUCGGGUGAGGAGCUGUACUCGGAGCUGGUGCGGUGGCGCGCGCGGCUGCAUGGGCGCGCGGCUGGUGAGCUGCACGCCUUCCUCUCCACCAACCUGCUGCUGCUCACCAAGGUGAGGCAGUCACUCGAAGCUCUGUCGGGGGUCAUACUGACAGACAUGGCGCAGGGAGCCGACAUCAACGUACCCAACGACACCGUGUUCAGUUAGCGCGCUCCCCGCCAGUGAAGUGAAGUGAACGGUCGGCGAAGUGAACAGUGAAGUGAACGGACCAGUGAUAUUUAACUAGUGCAUUUUUAGUUUCUCUGUGAUCAUUGUUUUAAUGGCAUUUCUUUACGAACACAUCCGAGUUGGUACCUGCUUCGUAUGUAACUCAACUGCUCUUCGUUCUAUCACAGUGUAGUAAUCAUACAGUUGGAUAACUUAAAUUGUCACACAGUUUUUGGGAUUCCUUAAUGGAUAAAAAAAACGCUGGUAAAUUAGAAACUCCUCUGGUGCUGUAAAACGCUUUUAACAUGACGUGAGCCGUAUGUUUGUUUGCUUGAUCAUUGUUGCAAUUCACCUCGACUUUAGCAGGUGUCAUUUGUUGAGUAAAAUUAAGCUGUGAAAACAAACCUAAGCUAUCAAAAUGUGCUCAAGUAUGUAUUUAAUGCAAAACUACUGUUUUUUAUAUAUCUGUUUUAGGAGGAAUCUUCAUUUACAUAUAUUAUAAGAUAAUUUUCAUGUACAUAAGAGUUGGUAGUAAAACUUAGGACAAUUAUUUUUUAGUAAUGUAAAGUAAGCUAAAUUUUGAAAAUAUGUUUUAUGUUACAUUCAUUAAAAUACGUAAUGGGGCUUUUUAGCUUGCGUAACUUGUUUUCGAAAGGAGUUCUUCAACUGUAUGCUUAUUAAACUGGGGCUCUAUCCUCGCGUUUUGCAUACUGUGAUUAUUAUUUGGUGAGUUAGAAUAUUCUUAAAUAUUCUUUUGAAUAUUCAUAAUAUCUUUACUAUACAUUUAUAUUAAUAUUAAUUUAAAAUAAUAUAAAAAUCUUAUGAAAGACCAUUAUUACCACUUUUUUUUUAUUUUUUCUUAAUUUUUUUGUUUAAACAUUACCUUUAUUUUUUGUUACUAUUUUGUGUCUUUAGUUUGUAUAGAAAAGGUAUUGUGGAUUUUCAACUAUUAAGUUAUAUAAAGUUAAUUUAGUGUUUACCCAAAGAAAAUUCUGAUUUAUAAUUGUGAUUUUGUAUAUAAGAGCAAGUCGAAACCAAUUAAAGAGCCUACAAGGCGACGCUAGGUCAUAUUGAAUGUGUCAAACACGAUAGGUUAAGUACGUGACAGACAGACAGACAAACAUGUUCUGACGUUACAAUUAUACGUAUUUAAUUUGAUCCAAAUACGUAAAAAAUGGAGAAAGUUACCUAUUUUAUGUUUUUACAGUAAUAUUUUUCAUGCUAUUUAUAUAUUUUUUUGUAAAUUAAAGUUGUUUACUUGAAUCUCAAUUGAUUUAAAAUGUAAGCGUGAUACUUCAGUUUUUAAACUUAUAAUAUCUGUAGGCUUAUGCAGAAAGAUUUUAUGUUUUAAAUCGAUUCUCUCGCCAAUUUAAAUAUCUCUUGUAUCAUUGUCUUCUUUAUAUUUUUAUGUCUAUUUGGUACUAUUAAUUUUUCAUUAUCCAAGAUAUAGUCAUACCAGCCAGUCGCAACAAAAAAUAUUAUGGCAUAAGCCUACUGUAUUUGUUCAUACUGUAUGUCUGCGGUACGCAUAUACAAAAUAUCAGACAAGUAGAAGACAGAUGAGGAAAAAUAAUAAAAUGGCGGAAAAUUAUGUUUACCAAGCUAUGCAUGCAUUUUAAAUAUUCAGAUUAUUUAAUUAUUUGAUUAAAAAUAUUCUUUUAAUUAUAUUAGUCUAUUAACUUUUCUGUCUACGAUGUCGCUUUACAAGAAAAAUCAAUUGAGAUUUGUGAACUAAAAUUGUAGUAGCAGUGAUGAAUUUAAAAUGUAACAUGUUUAUAGUUAACUAUAUUAAUUGUAUUAUGAAACAUUCCUCAAACUGACUACACUAAUAGAUCAUUAUCAUAAAUCUGUAUAGUAUAAAACUUAUUACUUAGUUUUCCAUAUAAGUAUAUUUCUUUAGGAACAAAGAAAUUUCUUCCAGAUAAAACUUUGUUGUUAGAUUAAUAACAACAAAGUUCAUUUACAGACACAUUACUCUAAAAAUUGUUGAAUGAAUAUCCAAAAGAGCUAGAACCCAGAGCCAAUCAAAGAUUUUAUACUAUUAGAUAUGUCACUAGCGCGUCGAAAUUGAGGCGAGCAAAGGUGGCUAAUUGUCUUAAUUUCAUUUAGUCACUUAAUAGGCAACGAAAGUUAUUUAAACAAAUCAUACCUAUACUACAGCCUUUAGUGAUGAGUACUGUAUUCUAACAAAGAAAUUAGAAAUGAUGGUAGAAAACGCAUGUCAUUUCAUAACUUAUUUAUUUUAAACUAUGUUUGGUUUUUUUUAGAAAAUGUUGUAUAAAAUAUAUUAAUCAUAUUUAAUUUUUCUAAGCUUAUAAUUCAAAUUUAUUUUCAUUGAUUUAAAAACAAGUUAAUUGUAAUUGUUAUUAGGUAAGAAAUGACUAGUAAUUUAUACCCUCAUUUUUAAUUAGUUUGUUGGUAAACAGUACUCAUCAAGAAAGGCUGUAUAGUAUAAAUAUUGUCUACAAUGUCAAGUUGUGCGUUCAGGAAGUGUAAUAACUAUAUAAUGAAAGUAAAACACAAAAUUGUGCAUGUGUGCGCUGAGUGGAGUAGCUAACAUAUCUAAUAGUAUAAAAUCGUUGGAGCCAGUUAUGAAAAACAAUUGGACAGUUCAGAUUUGAAAAAGCGAAUUGCCAAAUACGAACAAAAGUUUCUUGCCAAUACAAUAUGUAAAUUAACACUAAAUAUAUUUUAGGUGCAAAUAUGGUUUCAAUUUAUUUGCACACAAAAUUGUAUUAUUCAAAAUCUGAAUACUUUCAAGCCAUAUUUGGUUUAAAACUAUGUGCUAUUUAUAGGCCAUACUUGGCUUGAAACCAAGAUAUACUAAUACUAGAGAUUUUGUGUGCAAUUUAAUUGUAGAGCCAAUCAAUAGUACUGUCAUUAGUACAUUUUUAUUACUUUUACGUAACCAAAUGAAGUUAAGGGAGCAUUAAUAGGUAAUUAUGUUUUUUAUAUAAAUGUGUCAGAAUUAAAUUGUAUUCUUGAGUUGAAUGUUGUUUGCUGAUAUGGACUGCGUAAAGAUUUCUUCAAAUCAAGUCAAAAAGUUCAGAGGAAUCAAAUCAAGUUAAAAGGAUACAACCAUAGAGUAAUAAAAUAGGCAGACGGUAUUUCUUACAAAUAACCAACCAUCAGAAAACCAAGUCUAUGCCAGAUAUAGGAAAUUAAUGGCGGUCUGUCUUCAUAUGUGCAUCUGUGUGCGUGUUGGCGUGUACGUAUAUACGCAAACUGGCAUAAUUGGAGUGCUUCACUUUUUAGUUCAGGUGUCUGGACUUUUUAUUAUGUCUAUGGGUACAACUUAAAUUUGGUGCACUGAAUGUUAACUUGCUGUGUAUAUUAUAGAUAAAAUAAUUUAUUAUCUAGUCUUUAGUAAAGCUCAACUAGUAUGUUUUUGGUGUUAUUACAAUAUAAUUAUGUACUUAUAAUUCAUUAUAUAUAUGUAUUUAGGAACGGCUCCUGUUAUAUAUAAUAACUUAUUUAUUAAUAUGUGUAAGAAUUAUGUUCCAACUAAAUGUAUUAGAAAGAAAUAUAAAAACAUUUAUAUGUAAUUACAUAAUAUGAUUUAUUGUCAAUAUUUCGAUUUAGUUGUAUGUAUUCGGGACUAUUAGAAGUUUAACAUCACUAGAAAGGAAUUACUCACUGUUUAUAUCAUUUUGUUCUAUAUUUUAAUUUAGUCUUCAUUGUCCAUAUGUAGGAAAAUUAAUUUAUAAAAACAUCAAUCAUUGUUCAAGUUAACACUUUAGUUUUGAGAAUCCCAUUUAUAAGUAACUAAUUAAAAUUUAAUAUUUAUCAGCUCAGCCCAGCUGAAAAACAACAUAUAAGUAAUCCUUUAGGUUCUAAACCCUGACCAGAAAAAAAAGAAUUUGUCACGGAAAAAAAAUUUCAUUAGCAUAAUCAAGAACAGAUAUUUGAAAUAUGCCCCCCAAUCCAGGUGUUUUUAUUUCUCAGGCUAAAAAAAUCAUGUAAAUUGAUAAAUAGAUCCGAUAUUACUGUUAUGCGGGCUACAUAGCUUAAGUUUUAACUGUACAAUUCAAACUCCAGCCCCCCUAGCCAAGUAGCACGUCGGUUCUCUUUCUACGAUCGCUAACGCUUCGAAAACUAGAAAGAUGACGGAAUGACAAUGGCUAUCGACCGGUCACGUGAUCAAGAUCUGUCAUAAAUGUAGCUCGCAUAACGUAGUAGUAAGAUAGAUAAAACCAUAACAUAAUUAUAAUAUACAGGAAUAUAGUUAUACAAAAGCGAUUAAUUACUAGUUUGCUAAGUCGUCGUCGUCAUCAACCCAUAUUCGGUUCACUGCUGAGCUCGAGUCUCCUCUCAGAAUGAGAGGGGUUAGGCCAGAAGUCUACCACGCUGGCCCAAUGCGGAUUGGCAGACUUCACACACGCAGAGAAUUAAGAUAAUUCUCUGGUAUGCAGGUUUCCUCACGAUGUUUUCCUUCACCGAUUGAGACACGUGAUAUUUAAUUUCUUAAAAUGCACACAACUGAAAAGUUGGAGGUGCAUGCCCCGGACCGGAUUCGAACCCACACCCUCCGGAAUCGGAGGCAGAGGUCAUAUCCACUGGGCUAUCACGACUCUAAGUAUAUAUUUUAAAAUAUAACUAUCCCGAAGUAUAUAACUGUAAUAUGGCUUUAUAUAUCUGACUGCGUCAACCAUACUGACUACAACUUAACUACUAUUGAGUUCUUAUGUAAGUGAAAUUAUUUAUUCAAAAUUACAAAAUAUUUAAAUCUGAAUUAGGUUACAAAGAUAAUGUAUAUUCAAAUUCAGUUAUAUUUAAGUAAAUAUAUGUUAUUUAUUAAUUCGUUCCAAGCGUUUUAAGGCUAACAGAACAGUUCGCUUCGGCGUAGCAUUUAUGUAUUGUUUAAGCUAGUAACCAAUAUACAAAGAACUUAUAUAAAAUUAUUGAAAUCUUAUGAAGAAAGAAAGAAUUACUUGGCUUAAACAAUAUUCAGCUAAACCAAUAAGGGCAUUUUCACAUAAGACUCCUUAAAUAAGAAUUUGGGUUAGUCAUACAUACCUCAUUUUAAGGUCAAUUGGAUUUCGACCCCUGAAACCUGCUGCCUUCCAAAAAAGCAACUCCAUAGAUGAUGUACCAUAUUUACUUGUCUGUCACCUUAAAAUUGUAAACACCGUCAGAUUAUAAUCUAUAUAUCGCGAGAUUGUAAACUGUCGAAAGAUUGUGAACCGCAACACACUGGUUACAAUUAACUUAUUAACUAACCUAACCUAACCUAACCUAACCUAACCUAACAAUUGGUUUCUGAGCCGCUAAAGUUCUGGUUUUUAGGAGUAUGUUACGGUUCACAAUAUUUCGACAGUUUAUUCUCACGAGAUAGAUUAUAAUCUAACGGUAUUUACAAUUUUACGGUGACAUAUAUAACUCUCAGUAUUCUUAAAAUGAGAUAUGCUGGCUGGAGUCUGGCAUGCUCGUUGAUGAAACUACAAUGAUAUGCGGGCGACGGGGGAAAAGACUGCGCGGGUGUGAAAUCGUGCGUGCGGGGAAGUGAGGAUAUUCAUUCAUCGCUACACGCCCCCCGCGGACCAGGGAGUGUUACGAGCGAAAUUGCCAAGCUAUAGUUCAGUGUGAUUAUGUCCUUAUUGUUAUUAUGUUACCGCUAGUGUGCCAAAGUGUUAACUUUAGGCUCAGCGCAAUGGGGCACUUUACCUUCACGGGGCUUUUCGAAUGUUUCUAAUACUUUAUGGUAGUAGAGAUUUGUGACAGCUCGUCCGGGGAUAUACUAUCGUUUUAAGUUUGUUUACGUAAUAUUGGUUGAACAAAAAAACCAAGUUUUCAUAGAACACAGUUUAGGAACUCGUUCUACUUUGCGCUACUUAGAAAUGUUUUCUUUCCUGGACGAGUUCUGUCACAAAAAUCUUUUUUAAUUAUAUACAUGGUCAUGGUAGACAAUCAUGGUCGAAGGUGACUAUGAAUGUACGUGCCUACGAGUAUUCUAAAGUUGAGUUUAGAAUACUCGUAGGCCAUGAAUAAAUCGAAUAGUAAUCGGUUUGUAUCCAGUUGCCCUUGGGUAGGUACUUAGCAAACAAAAGCAUGGUUUCUUGUAAUGGUGUUCCGUGGAGGUACGAUAGUGUUUUUGCGACGCCGUGGUUCUUCUAAGCCUGUCAUUUCAAAGCUUUCCAAUUUUCCGAUUUAUUCUUAGUAAAUAAAUCAGGAAACAAAUGUUAUUGCCAAAGACUACGCUAGAGUUAUUCCGAUAUUGUAGUUAGGUUAGGGUUCAUUUACACGAGCGGCAACUCUACCGACGAUCGCCGUCACUCUCGGCGGCGGUUGACAGUGGUCGCCGACUGCAGUUGGCUGCAUUGGCGUAUCUAGGAUGCUCAGACUAAAUACAUAAGGACUAGUAUCGCACCCAUAUUGACGUACAAAAUUUUCUGCCAUUUUCUAAGGAAAAUGAGCUUAGAUUUCAUACAUAUCUUAUACUAAACUAGCAGUUUUUGUUCAAUUUUUACACCAUUUAACUUACACAAAAAGGUAUUUUUAUAGAGGUUUUUAACCGACGGACACGAUUGUAAACUAUGAAACAUCGAUUCUAUAGAGACAGUGUUUAUAAUCGCAUAUGAUCGUUGAUCAUAUAUUUUGACAGAAAAACAAUGUCUUGCGAGGCAGGUCUUUAUCUAAUUAGUCUGAGCUAGGAUGACUUCCUGGGGUGGGCCACAUAUUACUGAACAGAGUCGACACUCAAUGUAAAAAUUUUGUUAAAAAUAUUUGUGGACGCAGAAUUCUGAUAUGACUCGACUUAUUUUAUUAUUUUUUCUUUGUAUCUAUUGUAGGUAUCCGAAAAGGUUUUAAUAUAUUUUUUUUUUUAAUUUAUUAUAGGUUUUUCUUUAUUAUAAGUUGUAAUGGUUAUUAUUUGAUAUUUUAAAUGAUAUUUUGUGUAAAAUUAUUAGUAUUUCCGCGUCCAUCAUAGAAUUUCAAAUCGGUAGCCCAGUAUCCUAAUUCCUAGGGUGGGCACUGGACCAUUCGUCGGUGGGCCCGGCCCACCCGGCCCACCCGCUAUAUACGCCUAUGGUUGGCUGCCGCCGGGAGAGUUGCGCGGUAGAGUUGUCGCUUGUGUAAAUGAACCCUUAGUUGUUUGUUAUGUACAAUACAACGUAGGUAGGGGUUAUGUGGAAAUUUUAAUAUAUUAAAUUAGUUAUUAUUAUAUUAUCUAUAGCUUAGUUUUGGCUUAAUGGGAUAGCUCGUUAUGUUAAAAUAUUUUACGUAAAUACAAAGUAUUAUAGUUUAAUACGCUUCGGUGAGCGGUUUGCUUGCCUGCAGAUGGACCGAUUUUAAUGUGAAUUUUAUUUUUGAAAGCGGUUUUACUUACAUAGUAGUUUUUAUUUUUCCAAUAUACUUAUUCUGAAAAAUCAAUUAUUAAAUAUGGAAUUGUUAGAAAGUUCGGAAUGUAGGCAGGCGAUUGAAUAGUGCAAUCUUAAUGUAAUUGGUGAUUAUUUAUUUAAAGGUUUCUUGUAGAAAAUGUUAAGGUUUCUUUGUUAUGCGGUCAUUUUUGUAUAUGUGAUUGGAAUUUGUUUGUUAUUUUAUGUAAAUAAUAGAUAAAGGACUUUAUUGAACAAGAA